AUGAGCGGUGGCAAAGAGUCGGGCGUCUUUUCAGACAACGUCCACGUUCCAAAGGACGGCACCAUCUCCCCUUCCACGGACCGGGAGGAGGUCCAGAUCUCCUCAGUGGGCGAAGUCCUCCAGUCUCAGGGCGUUACCCGCAUGGAAGCGGUUUACCGUGAGGCCAAGCAAAGCCGUCUCUCCUUCUACCUCGUCGGGCUCUCCGUCUUGGUUUGCGCUUGGGCCUACUCUCUCGACAGCUCAACGACGUCGUACUACAGCAUCGACGCCUCUUCAUACUACAAGCAGCACUCGUCCGUUUUGUCGACGCUCUCGAUCGCGACCAGUAUCAUCUCGGCAGUUUCGAAACCCUUCAUCGCGAAGAUCUCUGACAUUACUUCUCGGCCGUACACCUACAUCGUCACCCUCCUAUUCUACGUGAUCGGAUAUAUCAUCGCGGCCUCGAGCACAUCCAUCUCGGCGUACGUCAUCGGUGAGGUGUUCGUCGCCAUUGGCUCUUCAGGGCUCGACCUCACCAACGACAUCAUCGUCGCUGACCUGACGCCCCUUGAAUGGCGUGGUUUUGUCAGCUCGAUGCUGUCUACCCCGUUCAUCAUCAACACAUGGUUUGCCGGCAAGAUUGUUGAUGCCAUGCAGGCAAAGAACCAAUGGCGAUGGGGUUACGGCAUGUUUGCAAUCAUCAUGCCUGCUGCUCUCGGUCCCGCGAUCGCGACCUUGCUGUACCUCGACAGGAAGGCGAAGAAGGAUGGCAUCGUGAACCUCGCCUCUUCGAACGAGGCUCGUCGCGCCGCCAGGGAGCUGGCCGAGGAAAAGGGCUACGAGGGACCUCGUGGUUCUAUCGUGGCUCCUGCCACGGAGCCUUCGAGCACCUGGACCCAGAGUAUCAAACGCAACUUGAUCGAGAUUGAUGCUUUCGGGCUUGUUCUUUUAGGAUUCGGUUGGAGUUUGUUGCUUUUGCCAUUCAGCCUCAAGACUUACGCUGAGCACGGCUGGCGAAACCAGUCUCUUAUUGCCAUGAUGGUCGUGGGAGGAAUUCUGCUUAUUGCGUAUGUCGUCUAUGAGAUCAAGUGGGCGAAGGUGCCCAGCGCGCCUCGCAGACUUGUCAUGAACAAGACGUUUCUGAUGGCCAUUGUUAUUGAUUCUUUCUACAUGCUCGCCGGUAACAUGCGCGGUCUGUACUGGUCAUCCUACGUGUACAUCGCCAAGCCCUGGUCCUCGCAAGACUGGGUGUACUACAACAACACGUUGACCCUCGCCCUUUGCGUCUUUGGUCUCGUCGCAGGUCUCUUACAGCGGUGGACGCAUCGCUACAAGAUGCUUCAGAUCGUCGGACUCUGCAUAAAGAUCAUUGGUAUGGGCAUUAUGAUCGACGGUCCCCGAGCCACGAUCUCGACCGCACCCAUGGUACUCUCACUCGUCAUGAUCGGCUGUGGUGGUGCCUUCUCAGUCGUCGGCUCUCGUGUUGCCUCCCAGGCUUCCGUUCCUCACCAGGACGUCGCCUUGGCCAUUGCCCUGCUUUCCCUUUGGUCCAAGAUUGGUAGCUCUGUUGGCAGUGCCAUCGUCGCCGUCAUCUGGGCUGAAAAGAUGCCUACGCUCCUGCGCCAGUACCUACCUGCCACGGCCACUGACAAGGACGUCAAGAGUCUCUUCAACAGCGUCAAGACAAUCCGCACAAAGUACGCCUUCGACGACCCCAUGCGACAAGGUGCUAUCGAGGCGUACCGCCGCACUCUGUAUUACUGUCUUGUGCCAGCGCUGGCCUUGGCCUUUAUCCCUCUCAUUGCGGCUCUCUUUCAAACCAACUUUUACCUCGGCAAGCAGCAUAACGCUGUCACGAAUGUUGGAAACGAUGGACAAGUGUUGAAGGAGGAGGACCGCAAUCCAGAGCCUCUGCCCCCACCGAAGAACAAGAAGGAAGCCCUCCUGAGAUUCUGGGCCGGAAAAAGGUAA